AAAAUAUCUGUGCAAAUUUUCAAUCAAGUAGACUAAUUUGUAGUAAAUGAGGACUAGAUAUUCUCCACCACCCAACCAAUUAUAGAGAGAGAGAGAGAGAUGGAAGGAAUGAGAGAGAUAGCCAGAUCCUUCUACGAGAGAGCAAGCGAGGACGAGCAGAAAUCGAUCCAACAAUUCUUCGCAGAAAUCGACGUCGACGGCGACGGGAAGAUAAGUUUUAGGGAGUUCAAGAAGGCGGUGGGCUCGUGGCUGUGCAGGGAGGCCGUGUUCGAGAAGCUCGACAAGAACGGGGACGGAUGCCUCGAUUUCGAGGAGUUUCUGUGCCUUUACUACAUGGAGAAGAAGGUGGACAUCUCCGAAUGCGGCGGUUGCUCGGAUCUGCUGGUGGGGCCCUACUUCUCUUGCAUCCUUUGCCAGGGAAAAGGCGCUAGUACGUACGACCUCUGCUGCGCUUGCUACCGCAGUGGCGCCGGCCCGUGGCACGAGCACGACGUGCAGCACGUGAUGGAUCAUCACUCUCUGCUCAUGCACUUCAGGAAUGGCUCCGCUGAGUUUAAGAGAGAAAUGAAGGAACUGCGCGACAUCGCAAGAGCCCAUUACGAUGCCGGCUCUCCACAAGUCCAAGCAUUAGCCUCCAAUUUCUUCCGAUCCAUGGACUCAGACAGAGACGGCCGAGUCAACUUGUCCGAGUUCCUAGCCUUCAUGAGCCACGAAGGCUAUCCCUACAUGCAAAACUCUUGUUUCUUCGACAUGCUCGACGUCGAUUGCAACGGAACCCUCGACUUCUAUGAGGUCAUGACGUUGUACUACAUCAUUAAGAGCGGCCGCCCCUUCUGCAACUGCUGCAACAAAUUCAUCCCCGGAACAUUCUUCUCUUGCGUCGAGUGCUUUAAGAAUCCCAGAAACUCGUACUAUCUGUGCCUGGCUUGCUACCGGACGGGCCGGUGCCACCAUAGCCACGACGGCCGGACUCAGUUUUUAGACAAUCACACGCUGUUGCAGGCUGUAAGAGGUCCGGCGCUUGCACAUGCGUCGGUGGUUCCAUUUCAUGAGGCAUGGAAUAGACCAACACAUGGCAUAGCUCCAUUGCAACAUGUCAACGUGUAUAAUUCGUACAUGAAUCAAUACAAUACAUACAUAAAUCACCAAAAUGCAAUUGUUCCAGCAUCAUCAAAUUCAAACUGGAGCAAUUGGAAGUAUGCACUUACAGCUCUUGAAGGAGGACUCAGCAUUGGGGGCAUUGCCAGCACCCUCUGCACUAUUUUGUGACAAUGUGAUCAAAGAGGGAAAUGAAUACAAAGCUACAAGCAUUUUACUUAAUAGCAAAAUCUGCAUUUCUUUAUAAGUGCGAUUUUGUAAUUUGCAUAUUCGGGAGAAUUUUGACUGGAAUAUUGGCGUAUGUUGCUGUUGAGUGUGACCUACCUCAUUUCAAAUCCUAUAACAUUUGGUAUUUCACUUUCAAAGGAUAUAUACUUUUUUAUUAUGUAUUCGCUGCUUCUCAUAAUGGAUGGCACACUUGUAUAAUGAUAUGAGAUUUUAUGAAA